GACUACACAUGCCUUGCAAUUCAAUUCACCCUUGAGAGAGAGAGAGAGAGAGAGAGAGGACAGUGUGUGUGUUGUGGAGAAGAGGAGUAUAAAAAUCACAACAGUAACCGCAACACGGCAUGGAAUUCCACCGCAACAACUCAUCUCCGUCGUCAUCAAACUCCUCCUCCAUGAGCGCCGCCGGAACCCCAAACCCUCAAAAAACCGACGACCCAAUGCACUCAUGGUGGGAAUCCGUCUCCAAAGCCCGUUCCCGCAUCCACUCCCUCGCCACCAUCCUCCCCAACUCUCACUCCUCCGCCCUCUCCUCCCUCGCCGACUCCGAACGCCCCGCUCUCUCCCUCCUCUCCUCCCUCGCCGCCUACUCCGCCGUCUCCUCCUCCCUCUCCGGCUCCCAAUCCGACCCCCUCUGCCACUGGCUCUACGACACCUUCCUCUCCUCUGACCCCCACCUCCGCCUCGUUGUCCUCUCCUUCCUCCCUCUUCUCUCCGGCCUCUACCUCUCCCGCCUCCACCACCGCCACGACGACAACAACCACCAUGAUCCGCCUUCGCUCUCCGGCUUCGAAGCUGUUCUCCUCGCUCUCUACGCCGCCGAGACCAAAUCCCGCAACGGCAAACCCCUCAUCGCCACCGUCCCCGACCUCUCUCUCCCUUCCAUCUACCAUUCCCCUCUCCGUAAACCCCAAAACUCCAACGCUAACGCUCCCUCCUCCGUCGCUGUGAUCUCACCACCGCUUGAACCCCUCCUCGCCGUGAAAUCCACCAAGCGCGCCUCCAUUGUCGGCGCCGCGUUACAGUCCUACUUCUCCCAGAUCUCUCAUAUGCCCUCCUGGUCCAAGCUCGAAUUCUGCCGCUUCCUCGCCGGAUGGGCCGGCCAGGACUGCCCCUGCCGGAGAGACCUCGAUCGCGUCCCAUCCAACACUUUAACUCUGACCCUUGACGACGACGGUGACGGUGGUGGUAGCAAUGGCGGUUGUGACCGUGAGAUUGAGAUUGAGAGUGUUGGAGAAAUGAUGGGGAAGGUGCAGAUUCAUGAUUCUGAUGGGUUGGCCAAAGGGGAUAGGAUCCCUUUGCCUUGGGAGAUUCUGCAACCGGCGUUGAGGAUCUUGGGGCACUGUUUGUUUGCCCCAUUGAACCCUCAAGAGGUUAAGGAUGCUGCAUCUUUUGCUGUUAGGUGCUUGUAUGCUAGGGCCUCUCAUGAUUUGGUUCCUCAGGCUAUUCUUGCCACCAGGAGUCUCAUUCAGCUUGAUAACAGGGCCAGGGACGCCGCGAAAGUCGCCGCUGCAGCUACAAAUCCCAACACCCCUACCAAAGUCAAGAAACCUGAAAUACUUUUGGUCUCAAAGUGAGUCCUUGCUGCUGUGCUGUAUAGUUUAUGGGUAGCAGCAGUUCAACACCAUUUUCAGCUGGAUAUUGUGAUUGUAAGCAGAGUUUGAUUUUGUAUUAUAGAAACUUCAUAGUUCUGGAUUUUAUUAUUGCUUUUCUUUUAUAGAUUUUAAGUUAUAAAUGUUUUUACCGAGCGAUAGCAACCUGUUUUAACUUUGUUUAGUUGAUGGAAUUAUCUUGUGCCUUGGUUGUGCCCCUGGUUUAUUGUAAUGCAUGUGGUUGUGCUA